ACACACAAAAACUGCAGUAUUUUAUAUUUUGGAACAUGUAUAUUCGCCAGUUUGCCAGUUCCUCUGUUUUCUAGCCACUAUUAUUGAUUCCAUCCACAUGUAAGGAAAGAGUUAGCAAAAAAAAGGGGGGUUGGGGGGGAAACUAACCCCUAACAAAGAAAACGCUUCGGCGGACCCUUUAAGGCCAUUUUGGAAUAAUUAAUGACGUCGAGCUGUAAACAAGACUGACGCUCCAAGCUGCGUGGCCGAAGCGAGCAUCCUCCGGCGGACCUACCGACCAACACUUCCCCAGCGCCGCAGAAUUUGUUUCGGCUGACGUCCACGGCGGUUCCCACUCGUCUUAUGCGGUCCCCGGUUACAAGACGCAUUGGUCCCGUUUGAGUGUCAUGGCUCGAAAGACCGACAUUCCCCCCAUCUACUACGAUUUUGGUGCUUGGUUUCCUAUUGAUUAUUGUUCACCUUCGACACUUUGGGGUUUAAAUAAAGAUUUGUAAACUGUUUAAAACUGUGUGCCUUGCCAUCCUUGGAUUGAAAGACCGGUUUACAAAAGGUUACAUUACCUUCACCCGAGACGGGGUGUGACAUAUGGUGGCAGUGGUGGGAUGGCAAGCCGCGGUGCGAUGGCAAGCCGCGGUGGGAUGGCAAGCCGCAGAGUUUACAACAAACCUGGCAGAGGGCGGGCCAGAACUGUUUUGAAAUCCAAAGUGUCUAAGGUGGCAAUGACAAAGGAGACUGAUGAGAUAGCCGGUCGAGGGGCCAAGACGAUGAGGCUGGACCGGGCAACCAUGGCUGAGGAGCAUGAAGUUGGGUGGAACACCAAGGAGUCUGAAGAAGACGGAAAAGGUGAGCCACAGAAGUUUGACCCAAACUUCAGAGGGCCAAUUCAUAACAGGAGCUGCACGGAUGUGAUCUGUUGUGUUAUUUUCAUCAUCUUCAUCAUCGGCUACAUCGCACUGGGCACCGUGGCCUGGAUCUACGGCGACCCUAGGAGGGUGACCUAUCCAACCGACAGCCAAGGGCAGUUCUGUGGCCAGCAGGGCACUCCUAAUGCAAACAAAGCCAUCUUGCUCUACUAUAACAUGUUGAAAUGUGCCAACCCUGCAGUGUUGAUUAACCUCCAGUGCCCUACAACCCAGCUAUGUGUCUCCAAGUGCCCUGACAGAUUUGCCACGCUUUUGACUGCCUACAAUAUCCCAGCCGACUGGAAUUAUUAUAAGCAAUUCUGCAAACCGGGCUUUAGCAGUAAGACAUCUCUAGAAAUCCUAAAACACGAUGACUGCCCAUCCAUGAUUGUGCCAAGCAGACCAUUUAUGCAGCGGUGCUUCCCCGAUUUUAACAGUUUAAAUGGAAAAUUAACUAUAGCCAACAAGACUACCUUUAAUGACGGAAGCGGAGACCAGAGUGUCAUCAAUUUGAAAACGGCUGUCAAUGGUAUAUCCAAUCUGAUGAAUGCCCAAGAUUAUGGCUUGAGGAUCUUUGAAGAUUAUGCAAACUCCUGGUAUUGGAUCCUCAUAUCUCUGGUCAUAAGCAUGUUGGUCAGCCUGUUCUUCAUCCUGCUGCUGCGCUUCAUCGCUGGCGUGUGUGUGUGGAUCAUCAUUGUUGGCGCCAUCGUCGCGAUCGGCUAUGGAAUUGGCCAUUGCUACUGGGAGUACAGCAGGCUUAGCAAGACGCCGGACGCCAGCGUCACCAUCUCUGACAUUGGCCUGCAGACAGACUUCAACGUUUACCUUCAGCUCAGCCAGACGUGGCUCAUCUUCAUGAUCUUGCUGGCCGUGAUCGAGGUCAUCAUUUUGAUUGUGCUGAUUUUCCUGAGGCAGCGGAUCCAAAUCGCUAUCGAGCUGCUGAAGGAGGGAAGCAGGGCCGUAGGAUACGUCAUGACGGCUCUCCUCUACCCCAUCUUCACCUUCUUCCUGAUUUUUGUUUGCAUCGCUUAUUUUGCAGUCACAGCGAUUAUGCUAGCAUCCUCCGGUAUCCCCGUGUACAAGGUGACGUCUACAGACAAGUGCGUUCAUAACAACGUCAUAUGCAUUCCACAGACGUUCAACACAACCGAAAUCCCCAGCGAAUGUCCCGGAUCACAGUGUUCGUUCGCCUUCUACGGCGACGAACGCUACAUCGUUCUCUUCCACCUGUGUAAUCUGUUCGCCUUCCUGUGGUUGGUCAACUUUACCAUCGCGCUGGGCCAGUGCACGCUGGCCGGCGCCUUUGCAUCCUAUUACUGGGCCCUGAGGAAGCCGGAAGACAUCCCCGCCUGCCCGCUCUUCUCGUCUUUCAGCAGGGCGAUACGUUAUCACACUGGCUCGCUGGCCUUUGGUGCUUUCAUCCUCUCUGUGGUACAAAUGAUCCGCAUUGUCCUCGAGUACCUGGACCACAAACUGAAAAAGUCCCAAAAUGCAUAUGCUCGCUACGUGCUAUGCUGCCUCAAAUGCUGCUUCUGGUGCCUAGAACGUUUCAUCAAGUUCAUCAACAAGAAUGCAUACAUCAUGAUAGCAAUAUAUGGAAAGAACUUCUGCACGUCCUCCAAGAAUGCUUUCUUCCUCUUGAUGAGAAAUAUUAUUAGGGUGGCCGUCCUCGACAAAGUGACCGAAUUCCUGUUGUUUCUGGGAAAACUGCUCAUUGCAGGAAGUGUAGGUAUUCUUGCCUUUUAUUUCUUCACUCAUAAAUUAGCAGCCGUUGAAGAUGGUCCAAAACUAAAUUACUUCUGGAUCCCUAUGGUGACGGUGAUCAUUGGAGCCUUCUUGGUUGCACAUGGCUUUUUUAACGUCUACUCCAUGUGCGUGGACACCUUGUUCUUGUGCUUCUGUGAAGACCUGGAGAGGAACGACGGGUCCUCCUCCAGGCCCUACUUCAUGUCUCCCGGCCUGCGCAGGAUCCUGCACAAAGGGGAUUCCGGCGCCAUAUCUUCCUCAUGAGCGGACUAGACUAUUGAACUCCAAAAAAAAGAACUGAUGACUCUUUGAAGUCGACUUUUCUUCAUAUCUGCUGCGGGUGUGUGCCACAGCCUGGAUGUGAUGACAUUUCCCCUCUCCCACUUCCCCCCCCCCCCUUUUCUGCAUUGUUUGCCUUACUGGGGGAGAGGACACGUGCCAAAUCACAGGCUGCCCCCGAUGCAGAGAUGCAUGGUACACACAACCAGCCCCUAUGUGGCACUUUUUCUGUACAACCAACUUUUGUAUGCACUUUCACUUCCACAAAAGGAACGUGGGACUUACAGUGGGUUUAAGGAGGGAAAUAAAACAGCAGUUUUUUAUCAACAAAGUACAAUUCAAUUGAAAAAUACAUUGUGUUGAGGAAAUACAUAAAAUAAAAAUGUACAAUGAGAUUUGUUGCAUCACUAUGAAGCAAAAAAAUUGACUUUAAAAUCCUUUAAUGAACUCAUGUUUAAAGUAACAUUUUAAACUGUCAUACAGGUGUUAAAAAAGUCAUUAAAGGCCUACCGAAAUGAGAUUUUCUUAUUUAAACGGGGAUAGCAGGUCCCUAUGUGUCAUACUUGAUCAUGUCGCGAUAUUGCCAUAUUUUUGCUGAAAUUAUUUAGUACAGAACAUUGACGAUAAAGUUCGCAACUUUUGGUCGCUAAUAAAAAAGCCUUGCCUGUACCGGAAGUAGCAGACGAUGUGCGCGUGACGUCACGGGUUGUGGAGCUCCUCACAUCCUCACAUUGUUUACAAUCAUGGUCACCAGCAGCGAGAACGAUUCGGACCGAGAAAGAGACGAUUUCCCCAUUCAUUUGAGCGAGGAUGAAAGAUUUGUGGAUGAGGAAAGUGAGAGUGAAGGACUAGAAAAAAAGAAACAAGACGAGGGCAGUGGGAGCGAUUCAGAUGUAAUUAGACACAUUUACUAGGAUAAUUCUGGAAAAUCCCUUAUCUGCUUAUUCUGUUACUAGUGUUUUAGUGAGAUUAUAUGGUCGUACCUGUACAACCUGAAGGUCGGCCCCUCACCUUUCUUCAGCACCCGUCGACGAAGGGUGGCAAUGCCCAUCUAUGCCCUUCGCAAGGGACCCUCUUCGAAACACGAUCUUUCGAAAUGAUCGCUGCAUAAUACACUGUACUUUGUGUGUGUGGUCCAAUCCAACCGUGUUCGCUUGACAUCUCUGUUCCAUAGUAAAGCUUGACUGUCAUCUUUCGGGAAUGUAAAAAAUGAAACACCGGCUGUGUUUGUGUUGCUAAAGCCGUCCGCCUACGGCUUUCUUCUUUGAUGUCUCCAUUGUCCAUUGAAGAAAUUGCAAUAGAUUCAGCAACACAGAGGUCCAGAAUACUGUGGAAUUUUGCGAUGAAAACAGACGAGCUAAUAGCUGGGAACGAUGCUGGAACAAAAUGUCGUCGACAAUCCGUGACAUCAUACCGAGACGUUUCAACCGGAUAUUUUGGCGCAAAAUUUUUUAUUGCAAUUUAGUAAACUAAAAAGGCCGUAUUGGCAUGUGUUGCAAUGUUAAUAUUUCAUCAUUCAUAUAUAAACUAUCAGACUGUGUGUUCGGUAGUAGUGGGUUUCAGUAGGCCUUUAUAACUAUGACAUGCUAGCUUUUCCAGAUUUAUUUUUCACUUGAAUUUUAUAGGUAACAGGUCACAUUAUAAAAAAAAAAAAAAAUGAAAAAAAUGUUGAUUUUAACCAAAAAAGUUGCUACUCUUAAGACUUAUCCAACUAAUAGGUCAGCAUGAUGGCUUUGAAAGACUUGAGUGUUCAUGCUUUCUUCAUAAAAUACUCACUAAUCCCACCCCCAAAAAGGAAGUCAUGUAUUUUCCAUUCUUUACAUGGAAUCCCUGCACCUUUUGCCCAAACUAGAUGUACUGUAAACCAAGACUGGAGACGGGGACGGUUUUUUUUCGGCGGUAGUCGCGGGUUUAUGUGCCUAGUUGUGUAAAAAAAAAAAAAAAAAAAGAUGUGUAUUAGAGCUAACAUACUGGAAACAUUUUCCAUAGUUUGUAUAAAAAAAAGGAUGUCAAAGCCAUUUUUGGUAAUUUUUUUAAUGAUUGGAUGGUUGAGAUGUUUUAAUACCAAGUAUGACCUACACGUCUUCUUUUGCAUAGAUGACUUUUUUAAUCCAUGAAAUCUAGACAAUGUGAGUUUACCUUUUUUUUUUUU